ACAGCACACACGUGCAUUUGGCAUACCUGCAAGGGAAGCCUCAGCCAAACUAGAGUUACGCGGCUACAGCAAAUUGCACUCGUGACUGUCAACUGCCCCCAGCCCGCCAAACAUUCGUUACCACAGCGGGCAAAGUCGCCUUUAACUAUGCUCUCGCAAGAGCUUUACAGACGUGCACGGCGUUAUGAUAUAAGGUGGGGACACAGAGAAUAGAGAUAGGUGUACAAUACCUAGUUCCGUGGCUAGGGAACGCAUUCAUUUUUCUUGUGGGUCCUAACUGUGAAAGAAGCCGCGGCUCGAACAUUACUACGUCCCCACUCCAGACAUUCAGUGAGGCUGGACGAACGAGGGUGACGAAGGGGGCAUCCUGCAAAAAAAAAACAACCUAUCCUCGACGGCACCAAAUCAUUGACGAUUUAUACAUGCGAGCUGCCAGCACGCUACUGCCUGUAAGGAAGCGCUUUCCUUUCCAGGUAAACGACACGUGUGUAAUGUGUGAAGCGGCCGUGCAUGGCCUAGAGGGAAGGAUUGGGGGCUGAUUUGGCUUGCAUUUCUCUCCAGGAGACGGCGAGGAGGAGUCCGCCGCCUAAGGGCGUGAGCGCGGCGUUUGUUUGUGUUUUUCUAAACGGCCGCUUCUGACCCUGGUGGAAACCGGACUCCGGAGCGGCUCCGGCAUACGCGUUUCUCCCCUUGAGUGAAGGCCGUCUUGGUUGCGAAUCUGCCCGACGUGUAGUCGGGGAAGAGGGUGGAGGGUAUCCGGGUGAGCACGCAGCGAGGGAGGGCGGCAAACCAAAGAACGGGAAGCGACUCCCUUUCUUUUCUUUGCAUUUUUUUUUUUUUGCUGUGGCUGCUUUCUCCCUCUAAACCCCGCCGCCGCCAAUCUGUUCCGCGAAGCUGGUAGGGGACGCGCGCUUUGCUUCUGCAAAGUAGGCCAGACAGGCUCUGCUGCGGCCGCUCCGCUCGCCUUUGCCGCAAGUGAACCCUCCCCCGGCACCACCCGCCCUGCAAGGUGGGGAGGCGGCGGGCCUUGUGAGUGUGUCGGAGCCGGAGAAACAUAUAGCGAGGGGCUGGCAUUAGCAGAUCGAGCGGUCGCAGGGAAGGAGGGAGGUUCCGUAACUAACUACUCCAUCCUCCGGGUCUGUUUGCAAAAGCUGCGUGUUUAUUUCACUUUUCUUUUUCUCCGCCAGAAUCUGCAUUCCUCUCUGCGCCCCUCGGAAUCAUUGUGUAGCACGCCAGAGAAAGCGGAGGCUUUUCUUUCCACAUGUGACGCUAAGAACCGCGUGGCCGUGCUUCUCCCUUGGUUAUUUAUUUAUUUAUUUGAUCAGUGCUUGCCAGGGGCAGGGCGCUGGAGUACAUUUAAAUGAAGGAGGCAGAAACAUUUAAAUGCGCGGUAAAACAACGAUCCACAUCGCUGGUGUUCUUCCGUGCAGCAUGUAUGAUGGUUAGAGGAACAGAAUAGGACCUGGGAGACCAGAGCUCAACUUCAACUCAGCCGUGAAGCUCACUAGGUACCCUCUGUCUUUCAACCUAAGCCUACCUCCCAGGGUUCUUGUGAGGGUAAACUGAGGAUGGAGAGAACCACCUGGAGCUCCUCGAAGGAAAGGUGGGAUGUAAAUGUAAUUAUAAAGAGAAUAAAAUUGUCAAAAAAAGAGAGAAGGGUCUGGGGGUCCCACACCUACCAGGAAAAUAUACCAUUCUUAAUUUUCUGGGGAUGCUUAGCGAACUAAAUAGGCUGUGUGCACAUUAGAAGAGGGGCUCCUAAACUGUGGUCUAAGGACCACCAUUGGUCCACAAGCUGCAUUCAGG